AAACAUUUCCUCCUUGGGUCUCGCUGUCUCUAAGCCCCAUCUGAUCAUUUGUUUGGAGCAAAGCAAAGAUCCUUGGACUUUACAGACACAAAAGAGAGCAGCCACACCUCCAGGUAGGAAGGAGUGGGUGAAGCAGCACACACAAGCAUUUUUAAUGUUUCUUAGUACAUAUAUGCUGCACAUAAUUACAUUCAUCAUGGGGAGGUGCUUCGUGGGCAGUAACACAAUUUUUCAUUUCCUCUUGCCCUUUUCUUUCCACCCCAGUCCACCCUGCAUCCUCAUUUUCCAUCUGUAAGAGACCUGUCUCCCUAUUUCCUUUGUCUAUUGUCCUUGUCCUAUUGUCUUUCGUUUUGCUCUUUGAACUAUUUAAGGUAGCUCUGAGUACAUCAGUUCUGCCUUCUAGAGCUGUUAUUAAUGUUUUUCUUUCUUUCUUUUUUUCUUCUAUGGCUUCUUAUAAUUCAACCUAUUGAUAUUUCAUUUGUUUCCCAUUGAUGCCCUUUGGAGCAGCUUUUGGGAGGUCAGGAGUUUGGCGUGCAUUUAUCACCUUGUUGGCCCAUAUUUUGAUGUGCUAAGGCUUCAGGAUUAAUUAGGCAGCUUUGCUGCUGAUUUAGAGAUCUGUUUAGUUGCUAUGUAAAUUCCAGUGAUGCAAUCUUGGCUUUGAUUACAUUUGGAUAUUUAUCUACCUCUAAGCCUACUUAGUUUAUAAUAGUAUCAGACACAAUCAUUGAUCCUUACCAGUUAUAUAUCAUCAGAUGGAUCCAACCAUAGGUAAUCAUGUGUUAAAAGGUUUUAACAACUUCAACCUCAAACAGACUAAUGCCUCAGACAGACUAAUGUAGCAUUACUAACAAGUACGUUGAGGUGUAGAUGGAGGGGAAAGAAAAAAGGAAAUAAAAGAGAAAGUCAGUAGAUGAGAAACAGUUGAAAUCUGUUGGAAUUAUUAUUGUUGGAGUGAAGGGCUGGUGUGCAGGCUUGAGAGAAUGUUUGUGGAAGAAGAUGAAGGGACCCGGGCGGUGUACUUGGAGGUUAAGGGAACUGUGAAAAGGUCAGACUAGAUUGGCUUGAGUUUGGAGCCUGUAGGUACAGUUUUGGUGAGCGCUGCCCUGACUUGCCCUGGAAGAUACUAUGAAGCCGAAAGCACUGCUUCAUUCUUACUGUCACCUACUGUAUUUGCCAGAUGAAUGGAGGGAGGAAGAGAGAAAAAGGGAUGAGAAGAGAAGAGGAUGGAUAAAAAAGAGUGCAAGAAAAGAGAAGAUGCACAAAAGAAACUCAUGGGUUGCAAAAAUACACAGUCAAAGCAUCCUCACAGUUGCAUUUGAGGUGCAGGCUUGAGUUCACUCCCAGGUCUCUGACACGCACGCACACAUGCCACCCCACCCUGUGGCUUGCUGUGUCCUGUGUGAGCGGGAGUCUUGUCCAUCCAGAGGGCCGCACCCCGGGAACAGUUGCUGUGACCCUUUGCCUUUAGCCCCAGGUCCUGCCACCUCAGUCAUUCAGGAAGAGAAGGGAGUGGUGCAGCUGCCACCAGUGUCCACUCCUCCCUGACUUCCGCCUAGUUCUCCUUAGUCCCCACUCCUUUCCCUGCCUGGCAAAUCCUGCAGUUGCCUUUACAGUUCCCCACCACCACCACCAUCUGCUUAGAGCACCAUUCUGUCUUCUGCCAUGGCCCUCUCUCAUUGACUGUCCCCACAGCAUCGCUCCCCACUGACAAACUUGGUGGCCCCUCGGCAUCCUGCAACAGGUGUUUGGGGUUCCUGCAGUGAUGCACAUGGGUGAUGGGCUACCACAAGUGUCCUGUGGUCACAGCACUGCUAAUAUUUGGGGGCGAUGGACAGUGUUUGUUUGGGGAGCUGUCUGAUCUCCUCUCCCCUGUUCCUUGUAGUAGUGCUGGCUCACACAGUUCCACAAAUCUCAGAUCAGGUCCUGCAUCAGGGCAGUGUGUUGGUUUGCAACUUCCCAGCACCUACAGAGUUUCUCUGUACAGUGUUCACCAUUGUCACUGUCUGCUGUGCUGGUUGGUGAAUGUCUCAUCCGCUGUGUUCCUCCCCCUGGUGGGAGUAGAAGGGCUGGGAGCUGUUGCAGCAGCCUGGCUGCAGCCAAGGUGCUGCUUCCUUCCUCAGGGUGCCUGGGGUGAGCAGACUUCCUGUCGAGAAGCACCUGACCUCUCUCUCUAAACCCCCUGUUCUGAGCUGUGCAUUUCCUGUGUCUGGCUUCUCUGCCAUCGAGCCUCAGUGUCCUGCUUUCCUCCAGUGCCUCAAUACCUCCCUCCCUGCUACCACCGCCUUGGCUAUGGUGGCCCUGAAGCCAGGCUUAACUCUGUGAAUGUAGCUCUGGAAAUGACUUCAGAAGCCAAGGUUGAUCGCUUUUGCUGUCACAGAUGGCCCUCUCCUGUGACAUCCGCCAAGGCUUCUCCCUGUAGUGAUUACCAGGACAUUGAUGAUGACAGCCACAUUCUCUGCUCCUGCAGAUGCUGCCCAAUCUGAUUGCUCUACCCCUGCUUAUGUGUCCCUAUCCUGAUCCUGUCCUUUGUGUUUCUGCAGAUUUUGCUGUUAAUGAGCUCAUUAAGAAGUUGCUCUAAUGCCACUUACGUAUUUAGUAACUAGAGUUGUCUCAUCCUAGUGCUUCAGGAAUUACAGUGGAUGUGUGUGUGAAAUUUUCCUUUGUGCACCGAGUGUCAGUAUUCAAAGUGCCCAUGCUUCGUGUGUGUGUAGUUAGAGCUGAAAAGAAAGAUUUUUAGAAGUAGUGCCUCAGUGUUUAUUCAGGAUUUCAUCCUCUCUCUGUCUGUAUCUUUGUCACUUUGUCUGUCUCUCUCUUAAUCCUAUUUUCUAUUUUUCACUUUUUAGAGUAUGUUUCUUCAGACAGAUUAGUAAUGGUUUUAGGUUAUUAUAAUUGGGUGGCAGUUUUAUCUUUAUAUGACAUCCUUUAUCUGAUGUGAGAAUUUUUUACCUAAAUUAACAUUUCAUCUCAUAUGACAGUUUUGUUUUAAAAUGUGCUUUUGUAGAAUUAUAACUUCACUCUGCUCUCUUUUGAUCAGUUUUCUAUAUAAUAUAACUUUACAUAUCUGUUCUUUUAGGGUUCUUAGAUGUAAAAAGAAUCUCCAGUUGAGAGCAUAUAUUUGGAGUCUUUUAGCUUCAUUGUUAUUAGCUACUUUAUUGUUUUGAUUAGGAGUUGAAUCACUUGUAUUUAAAGAAAUUACUGAAAGGGAAGAAAUUCAUAUUGCCCCUUUGUUAAUUGUUUUCUAUUUUUCCUCAUUUUUCUUAUUGCUUUAAUUUUGUGUCACUUCUGUAGAGAUGCACCUUGACCCCUGUCUCAUUUCCUAUUAUCUUACAGGGGUCUGUCUGUGUCAUUAGCAUGGGGGUUCUAUGAAAGUACUUUAAAUUUAGGGGUUAUUUUAAACUGGUAAAAUUCAGCUCUGUAUCAUCACUCUCUGCAUCUCUCAGUGUUAUAUCAGUGGCUUUGGGUCACAGCCAUGCUUGCACUGUACACCACCUUCCAGCAGACAUCUGUGAUGGUUUUUUAUGCUUUCACCUCUCAAACUGCAUAGCAGACUUAAAGGUGUCUCAGGCACCUUCACUCAGUGGUACAAAAUUAUUAGUACAUUUGCUGGCUGCAGCAUUCUGGGUUGGUAGUUUUUAUUUGUUCAGCACUUUCCUGAUCUUUUCUGGAUUUCAAGAUUUCUGCUGAGAAAUCACCUGGAAAUCAUGCAGGAGAAGCUCUCUGUUGUGAAGUCUCAUUCAAAAUACUCUGAACAUCAGAAAACUGAUACUGUCAAGACACCCCACAAGUGUAAAGAAUGUGGCAAAGCCUUUAGUAGAGGCCCAUCCCUGACAAAGCAUAUGAUAGUGCACACCAGGGAGAAACCCUACAAAAGUGAGGAGUGUGGCAAAGCCUUUAACUGCGGCUGCAGACUUACUAAACACCAGAGACUCCAUACUGGCAAGAAACCCCACAAGUGUGCAGAAUGUGGCAAAGACUUUGAUCGAAGGUCUGGGCUUAUUCAACACCAGAGACUCCAUACUGGCGAGAAACCCUACAAGUGUGCAGAAUGUGGCAAAGACUUUGAUCGAAAGUCUAGGCUUAUUCAACACCAGAGACUCCAUACUGGUGAGAAACCCCACAAGUGUGCAGAAUGUGGCAAAGCCUUUGAUCGGAAGUCUAGGCUUAUUCAACACCAGAGACUCCAUACUGGCGAGAAACCCCACAAGUGUGCAGAAUGUGGCAAAGCCUUUGAUCGAAGGUCUAGGCUUAUUCGACACCAGACAGUCCGUACUGGUGAGAAACCCUACAAGUGUGCAGAAUGUGGCAAAGCCUUUGAUCGAAAGUCUAGGCUUAUUCAACACCAGAGAGUCCAUACUGGCAAGAAACCCCACAAGUGUGCAGAAUGUGGCAAAGCCUUUGAUCGAAGGUCUAGGCUUAUUCAACACCAAAGACUUCAUACUGGCGAGAGACUCUAUAAACGUGAGAAAUGUGGUAAAACCUUUGUUGGAAGCACAAGCCUAACUCGACACCAGAGAGGUCAUACUGGGGAGAAACCCUACAAAUGUGCAGAGUGUGGGAAAACCUUUGAUCGAAGCUCCAGACUUCUUCAACACCAGAGAAUUCACACUGGGCAGAAACCCCACAAAUAUGUGGUAUGUGGCAAGACCUUUGACCAAAGCUCAAGCCCUAUUCAGCACCAGAGAGUUCAUACCAGCAAGAAACCCCACAAGUGUGCAGAAUGUGGCAAAGCCUUUGAUCGAAGGUCUAGGCUUAUUCAACACCAGAGACUUCAUACUGGUGAGAAACCCCACAAGUGUGCAGAAUGUGGCAAAGCCUUUGAUCAAAGGUCUAGGCUUAUUCAACACCAGAGACUCCAUACCAGCGAGAAACCCUACAAGUGUGCAGAAUGUGGCAAAGCCUUUGAUCGAAGGUCUAGGCUUAUUCAACACCAAAGACUUCAUACUGGCCAGAGACCCUAUAAAUGUGAGAAAUGUAGUAAAACCUUUGUUGGAAGCACAAACCUAACUCGACACCAGAGAGGUCAUACUGGGGAGAAACCCUACAAAUGUGCAGAGUGUGGGAAAACCUUUAAUCGAAGCUCCAGACUUCUUCAAUACCAGGGAAUUCACACUGGGCAGAAACCCCACAAAUGUGUGGUAUGUGGCAAGACCUUUGACCAAAGCUCAAGCCCUAUUCAGCACCAGAGAGUUCAUACUAGCAAGAAACCCCACAAGUGUGCAGAAUGUGGCAAAGCCUUUGAUCGAAGGUCUAGGCUUAUUCAGCACCAGAGAGUUCACACUGGUCAGAAACCGUACAAAUGUGCAGAAUGUGGGCAAGCCUUUAAUCAAAGUUCAAGCCUUACUCAACACCAGAGAGUCCAUGCUGGGGAGAGACCCUACAAAUGGAAAGGAUGUAGGAAAGCCCUUGAUCAAAGCUCCAGACUUCUUCAAUACCAGCUUUCAUAGUGUACCCACAAAUGUAAGAAUGUGGUAAAGCCUUUGCUGGAUGCUACCCUGUUAGUUCAGUAAAAGACACCUUGAACUGGAGGUCUCCUCUUAGAAGCUGUCCAGUCACUGACCCCUGGAUAUAAAUUUCCACAUUUACUUUUCUGUAUGCACAGCUGGGCUCAGAUCCACGCUGAAGUCCUUCCUUUGUCAACACUGCUGAGUAAACUCAGUCUUUGCUGCCUUUAA